ACCCGAAAGGCCGAAACCCUAGACCGUCUUUCUCUCUAUCCCAUGGCGAAGAAGGAGCAGCUCAAGAAGCGAAAGCUCAUCAAGAAAUCAGACGCAUCCAACAGUCGUGACCAGAGAUUGAAGAAGAACAAUAACAGUAGGAACGCCAAUGUCUCCCCACCGGAGUCCGAUUCCGAAUCUUCGCUUGACGACAUCCAAGCCCUCCUCGAACCCUUCUCCAAAGACCAGCUUAUCGCCCUCGUAGUGGAUGCUUCCCUCCACCACCCCAUCCUCAUCUCCACCAUCCGCUCCGUCGCCGAUUCUGAUAUCUCUCACCGGAAAAUUUUUGUUUUCGGCCUCGGCUACGACUCCACCCGUGAAACCCUCCUCUCUGUUUUCCAGCGUUAUGGAGAAAUUGAGGACUGCAAUGUUGUCACAGACCGGGUCACGGGGAAGUGUAAGGGAUAUGCUUUUAUCGCCUUCAAGACAAGGAAAGCCGCUGCAAAAGCCCUAAAAGAACCUAAAAAGAAGAUCGGGAGUAGGGUUGCCUCGUGCCAGCUGGCUUCUUCUGGGCCUGCUGCUCCCGGUUCUGCUCAGCAGGAUGUGAGUGGUCGGAAGAUUUAUGUGAGCAACGUCGGGCAGGAUACGGAUGCAAGUAGGUUGAGGGACUUCUUUGCUAAGUUCGGGGAGAUUGAGAGUGGUCCUUUUGGGGUUGACCCACACACUGGGAAGUGGAAAGGGUAUGCCUUGUUUGUGUACAAAACCACAGAGGAUGCAAGGAAAUGUCUGGAAGAUCCCUACAAGAUGUUUGAAGGACGGCAAUUGCAUUGUGAGAAGGCUGCAGAAGGGAAAGGUGUCGGCAAAUCUGGAGGGGCGGCGGGAAUCACUACAGCUGUGGUGAACCAGCCGUUUCAGGCAAUGCAAGCAGCACCAGAUAUAUUGGCUGCCAUGGCUGCUGCCCAGAAUAUGGCACUUUUGGGUCAGAACCCGGCUGCAGCUUUGUUGAAUCCAUUGUACAGCCAGUUGAUUGGAAAUGCCAACUUAGGUAUGUUAAACCCAGCAAUGGGUUUUAGCCAAGCAGUGAUUGGUUCAGGUCAAGCUGGGCAACCUGGCAUGGCAGCUGCUGGUUAUGGUACAUCAAUUGGGGGUCUUGGAGGGAAUACCUUAGGGAUGCUAGGAUCAUUUGGCAUUCCAGGUGGGGGGAUGCCACUAAGCUUAACAAAUGCUUAUCCUAAUUUGCAAGACAGGCAGAUUUCAGCAUCUGCUAAGGCUCCACGUAGCAGUGGCUUUUCUUCUCAUCACAUUGAUGAAAGACCGUAUGAUUUUUAGGGAGCUGUCGUGCUAGAAAUGGAAGACAAAUGGCUUCAAAAGGAUCAGUUUUAACUCGGACCAAGGAUACAUAAUUAUUCUUGUUGCUUGAACGGUUACUUUUGAUAAGUGCCUUUGGUUGUGGCAAUUGAAUCUGAAAGCCAUGUGCCCUUUCUAGUUAAUGUUUUUUAUCAACUUUGUUGAUCUUUCUAAAUUUUCUUUUUAAGAUGCGUUUCGUGUACACUUGUUGCUUUAUAGAAUUACUAUUUUGUAUUUUUACAUAUAUGAAUCUUUAUUUUAAAGUUUUUUAUUCUUGUGGAUUGCUAUUGCAUCUAUUUAAGGUAUGUUAAUUGUAAUCACCUAAAAGCUUUCAAUAGAUCUGAACAAUUUUCCCACCACUUGAAAUCUUUAAUCUUUGUCAGGUGUCAUCAUUUUUAAAAAAACCCUAUUGUUCUUUCACAUAAAUGCUUACAGAGCAUCUUGUUACCUUAUCUGCAAGCCUGCAAUUUGCUAAUGAUUUGGUCGAGUAGUUUUAACUCACGAGUCACGACUCUUCUAGUUAGAGUAGGGAGUUGGGUGUCAAGGGGGUAGUUCAUGCAGGGGUGGGACUUUUUCUGUGGGCUGGUUAUCGUUCAUCCUCUUUCUUUUUCUGUAUUUCUUUCUUGAAUAGUUCAUCUUUUGACUUCUCAUUGUCUUACUUAACAUCUUAGGUUGCAUUGAAUUGUGGGUCUUGCAUUCAAAACCUUACCAUGUUGUUUUUGUUGUGAAUGAAAGACACCAUGUGAUUACACUAUAUCUUGUGCAUUGCAGUUCUUUUGCAUAUUCAUAUGUUUUUUUCUUGGCACUUCAGGCUUUUGUUUCUCUGCAU